AUGGCGUACUCGAGAAUGUCCGCGCUAGCCUGUGCGCUGCCCCUGGUGGCGCUCGUCCUGGCGUCGCUCUGCCUCAACGCCUCCGCCGAGCUCGCUGUCCCCGAGGCUGCCUCGUCCUCGCUUGCCGCUGCCAUGUCCGGCGAUCUGGCUCAGCUCGACGCCACAAAUGCUCUCAGCGACGACGCUGCGACGAGGAGGAUUCUCGACGACGACGACGACGACGAUGAUGACGAGGACAAGGACAAGAAGAAGAAGGACAAGAAGAAGAAGGAGGACAAGAAGAAGGAGGACAAGAAGUCGAAGAAGUCUCCUCCCACUCCCUCGCCUUCCACUCCCACCACUCCCAACAAGAAGGGCGGCAAGAAGACUCCCCCCACUCCCACAACCCCCGCCACUCCUGGUAAGCCCGCCACUCCCGGCAAGCCCGGCACGCCCGGCGCGGGGAAGCCGGCGGUGAAGCUGAGCGGGUCGGACUCGAAGGUGGUAUCGCUGCUGGAUGCGGCGGCGGUGGACGUGGACAGCGCCAAGGCGAAGCUCUCCGUCAAGACGUACGUCAAGAGCCUCACGGACACGGCGGCGGCGCUGCGCAACGCCGCCAUUCUGAUUCGCACUGGGCAGCGCACGCUGGUGGCGGGGCAGAUCGACAACUCGAUCGCCACCAUCAACGGUGUGAGCAUCAUGCUCCCCGCCGGCGGCGCCGACAAGAGCCUGCUCGCGUCCGCCCUUGGCAAGGCGCAGAGCGCCAAGGCCGCGUGGAAGGCAACUUGUCCCAUUUCCAAGUUCUCUAUCAUUUGCCUUGCUCGGAUCUGCAUCUAA